AUGACGCCAGAACAAGCAGCUCUCGCUGAAGCACUCGCUGCCCGGAUCAUCGGCAGCAACAAGGCUCUCCGGAUACUACCAGGCUUUCUGGAUCACGUGCUCCUCGGCCUAGUUAUCGGCCAGUGUCUGAUCUAUACCCGCUUCGUCAAGACCGACAAGAAGCACAUCGUCGCUUUUGUAGUCGCGUCUGUCAUGUGUACACUUGCAAGCACAAUAGAUAUCCUACUAUGGUUGACCGAAAUCUUUGUCUGGCACUUUUCAGAAUACCUCAUCUUCUCGGACGGAUCGUAUAUAUACCGGCUUGUUGUGAUUGAUAUCGUCUCUACUUUUGUCGUACAAGCAUUCUAUGUGGACCGGGCGUACCGCCUACAUAGGCACUGGUGGCCCCUCGCGUUCCUGGGGACAGUCGUAUUUACUGCUCUCGGAGUCGGUGCUGGCUUCAUCUCGGUCAUCGCCAAGAAGUUUAUCCGACUCGAUUCGUCAGUAGUGGACGACCCCACCGUCAAGACCAUGGCAUACACCUGGCUCAUUCUCAUAUCGCUUGCGGAUCUCAGUAUCACAGUCGUCAUGGUCUGGGGCCUGGACAAGAACAAGACGGGCUGGCAACAUACCGACUCACACUUGAAGGGUCUUGUCGUGAGGUGCUUCGAGGCUCAGCUCCCCGCGCUUGUCAUCGCUAUUGCCACCCUCAUCAGCUGGAACCAGAAGCUCGAGAUUGCGAUUGUCUUCCUCAUGUCACAUAGCAAAGUCUACACACUGGGAUUGCUCGUCACCCUUAAUUUCAGAGCCAAUCACAAUACCGACUCCCCAGCUCAAUCGUACAAGUCCGACGCAACUAGCGGAAGCUACGGUCUCUCCGAAGUAUCAGGGAAACACAGAAAUGUCGUCGUGGUCGACCGUGAGAUCGAUGUAUCGAUCGAUCAGGGCCAACACUGGGACAUGAGCAGGCGUAACAGAGUGCUGGACGUCGAAGAAUCCAGCGCUCACUCAACGCACUCCAUCAACCCCGGUCACUCUGAUCACCCUUUCGCCCAGACCCACGGAAGAGCAGAAUGGGAGUCGACCACCGCGCUACAUGAGCUGCCGCAUGUGCAUGUCCGGGGCGCAGGACGGGGAUAUUGA